CGCCCUCCCUCUCUCUCUUUCUCUCUCUCUCUCUCUCUUUCUCUCUCGCCCUCCCUCUCUCUCUCUCUUUCUCGAUCUCUCUCUCUCCUGUAAAGAUGGCGGUGAGCAGCAUCCGAGGCCGGCCGAGCAGGAGCGCACGGAUGAGAGGUCGGAAUGAGAGCGGAGAGGAAGCUGUCCCUCUGGAUCUAAACAGAGAUCCUGCAGAAAAUCUGCUUGAAAUCCUUCAAAACGUGGUGAAGCAGAAAGAAGUGUCCAACAUGAGGAAGCUGGGACACCUCAACAACUUAGUGAAGCUCCUCUGCAGCGUGGGUCACUCAGAGAAGAAACUCGGCUUCACACAUGAGGAGAUCAUCGUCUGUCUCCGGCUGGCGUUGUUGAAUGAGGCCAAAGAGGUUCGGGCGGCAGGACUACGAGCUCUGCGUCACCUGAUCAGGGACAGCGGUGUGCUAGAGAAGGUGCUGAGGCUGCAGGUGGACUACCUGAUCGCCAGGUGUAUCGAUAUUCAGCAGAGCAACGAGGUGGAAAGAACUCAGGCGGUCAGACUGGCACGCAAGAUGAUCAGUGUGAACGCUCAGCUCUUCCCCUCCUCUCUCACCAAUGCCCUAAUCGCCGUGGGCAACGACGGGCUUCAUGAACGAGACAGGAUGGUGCGAGUCUGCAUCGCCAUUCUCUGUGAGCUGUCCUUAAAGAACCCCGUUGUGGUGGCCCAGCGGGGAGGGCUCAGCACCAUCCUGAGGAGCGUGACCGCCUGUCAGCUGAUCCGGAUCAACGAGGCCCUGAUCACCACCGUCCUGCACCUCCUCAACCACCCACACACCCGCCGCUAUGUGCGCGCUGACGUCGAGCUCGAGCAAAUCCUGGCCCCGUACACCGACUUCCACUACAGACACAGUCCUGACUCUGCGCUGCUCAAGGAGGACAGACAGGCUCAUUUCACGGCCAGUAAAAUGUCGAUAGUCGCCUCGUUUCGCUCGUGGUCAGGCAUCAUUAACCUGUGUAAGUCAGGCAGCUCUGGACUCCAGUCUCUGAUUGGUUUACUGUGUAUACCAAAUAUGGACGUGAGGAAAGCUCUGUUAGAGGUUUUCUAUGAAAUCUUCCAUCUCAUCAAACCCGCCAUGACUGCAGACUUUAAAGAAGCUCUUCUCAGCGUAGACCCGAGCAGGUUUCAGGACAGCUGGAGGCUUUCUGAUGGAUUUGUGGCUUCAGAGGCGAAAACACUUCUCCCCCAUCGAUCCUGCUCGAGGCCCGACCUGAUGGAUAACUACCUCGCUCUGGUUCUCUCUGCGUUCAUCCACAGCGGACUGUUAGAGGGAUUAAUCGAGGUGAUCACCAGCAGCGAUGAGGUCUUGUCAGUCUGCUCCACCAUCCUGCUGGGAGAACUUCUCCACAUGGCGAACGCCCUCCUCCCUCACAGCCACAGCCACCACCUGCACUGUUUACCCUCCCUCAUCAACAUGGCCGCCUCCUUUGACAUCACACCUGAGAAGAGACUACGCGCGACAGCGGCCGUGAACCACCUGAAGUGUUUCCAUGAGAAGAAGAAGAGAGGAGUCACACCUGACAGUCUCUACCUGGACCACAUCCUCCGAACAUCAGGAGCGUCACACUGCUGUCGAGAUCAGCACGUCAAAGCCCACAGAGACAUCUUUGUCAUCAAGGACUCUGACGACUCCCUGAUGACCCACCUGAGAGACAGUCACAUCCUGAACCACAAAGACCACCUGGACUGGAACUGGUCCCUGAUAGGAACCGUUUUAAAGUGGCCGAGCGUUAGUUUACGGAGCCAUAAAGACGAACAAAUUCACAAGUUUGUGCAGCGUCUCCUGCUCUUCUACAAGCCCAGCAGUCAGCAGUACAGCAGCCUGCAGCUGGAGCACCCCAAGGCCCGACAGCUGACUGUGGUGGGCUGUCAGUUUGUGGACUUCCUGCUGCUCUCUGAGGAGGAGGGUCAGGUGUACCUGGAGGACCUGGUGAAGGACAUCGCUCAGUGUCUGUUCUCUACUCAGUUUCACCCCGAGCGCGGGCUGUCAGGCAGCAGGCUGCUCACCACGCUCGGCCAGCACUACUUCCUGUUCCUGGGCUCGCUGUCGGCCCACACACACGGAGUCAGGAUGCUGGAGAAGUGCAGCGUCUUCCAGAGUUUGUUGAGCGUGUGCAGUCUGAAGAAUCAGGAGCACCUGCUGAAGCUGACCGUCUCCACGCUGGACUACAGCACAGACGGUCUGUCUCGGGUCAUCCUGUCCAAAGUCCUCACUGCUGCCAACGAUACCUGCAGGCUGUACGCCACCAAGCACCUGCGCGUCCUCCUGCGGGCAGGCGUGGAGUUCUUCAGUAACUGGGGCAUGGAGCUCCUGGUCACUCAGCUCUACGACAGGAAUAAGACCGUUUCCAUGGAGGCGCUGGACAUCCUGGACGAAGCCUGUGAGGACAAGGCCAACCUUCACGCUCUGACAGAGAUGAGACCGGCUCUGUCUCACCUGGGGGACAAAGGUGUGCUGCUGCUGCUCAGGUUUCUUUCCAUCCCAAAGGGCUUCUCGUACCUCAGUGAGAGAGGAUACAUCUCUGCAGAGAUGGAGAGAUGGCAGAAGGAGUUUAACCUGAAGUAUGUGGACCUGAUCGAGGAGCAGCUCAACGAGGCUCUCACCACCUACAGAAAACCUGUCAACGGAGAGCAAUACGUACGCCGCAGCAACCAGAGCAGGUCACAGAGGCCACAUGUGUAUCUGCCUGUACACCUGUACGGUCAGCUGGUUCAUGAUAAGACCGGCUGCCAGCUCCUUCAGGCUCAGAACGUCGUCCCUGAUUUGAGCUUCACCGUUCGCUCUCCUGUCCUGGACCGAUGGGAGGGGAUCAGGCAGCUGAAGGCAGCUCUCUGGGCCCUGGGACACAUCGGCUCGUCUUCCUGGGGUCUGAACCUGCUGCAGGAGGAGGGGGUGAUCCCAGACAUCGUGGAUCUGGCUCACAGCUGUGAGGUUCUGUCCAUCAGAGGGACGUGUCUGUACGUGUUGGGUCUCCUCAGUCGGACUCAUCAGGGCUGUGACUCUUUGAAGCAGCAGGGUUGGGACUCUGUGAGACACAGCAAGAGGACUCUUUGGCCCGUGGUCCCGGAGGAGCUCGAGCCUCACAUUCGACCGAGCCCUGAAUCCAGGACCUUCACCGAGUCCACGAGAAACUCAGCACAGCCCAGUGUGUGUGUGCUGGAUGCUGAUAGGCUCCAGAGUUCUGACAUCGCAGAAGACUCCUCCCCCUCUCUAUAUACCUGUCCAGAACUGAUGAAGAAACUGACCCCCCUCACCACGCUGGCCUCCUGCAGCCACCUCCUGCACUCUCUGUCCCUCCCCAGGAAGAAGCCCACCCACCCUGAGGACAGCACCCCAGACCCUAAAGGAGAGCCUGGGGGGGGGCAGGGACUCAAAGAGAAGGAAGAGGAGUUCUCUGUUCGCAGCAACAACCACCUGUCCUCGUGUUGCGAGGGGGACCAGGGGAGCAGCCAUAGCCUUGAAGAGGAGGAGGUGAACAGGGAGGGGGAGGUGAACGGGGAGGAGGAGGUGAACGGGGAGGGGGAGGUGAACGGGGAGGGAGAGGUGAACGGGGAAGAGGAGGUGAGCAGGUUCGGGGAAAACCAUCAGAGGGGGACACGCAGCUAUGAGCGUUUGGCUGAAGACGGACCCACUGGAGGGGGCGGAGUUCCGUUGAAGAGCCGGAGCCAGAGCUUCAACACAGACUCCACCACCAGUGGUAUCAGCUCCAUGAGCUCCAGUCCUACCAGGGAGGCCCUGCAUCCCCCCACAGAGACCAGAAAGACCCCCCUGCCUUACUCGACCCGUCUCUCCAUCCCCAAGUCCUGCUCUGUCUUCCUGGUCCCUCCUGGCUCCGCCCACACGCUGCCACGGCGCGCUCAGUCCUUCAGGUCCCCGUCGGUGAGCAGCGCUCUGAGCAGCUUGGCGGACUGCAGUCUGUUCUGCAGCGCUUCCAGCUGCUGCACCACCCCCCAGGACGCUCUGGGUUACACCACCCUGAGAAGGCUGCAGCACCAACGCAUCCAGCCCUGCGUGUCCCACAGCGAGGCCCGGGCAUCCCCAGCCAAGGAGAUCCUGUUCACCGACACCAUCACCAUGAAGUCUGGAAGUCUGGACUCCAGACGCACAGCUCAGAGGUUCCUGAAGGCUCUGAGUUUUGCGUCUCUGGACAAAGAAGACCUGCUGAGUCCCAUUAACCAGAACUUUCUGCAGAACCCGUCCUCGGUCCGCUCCAUGGUCUCCUCUGGAUCCUUCAGCUCCUCUGAGGGGUUUAUGGGCCUCGCUCUGCCCGUCAACAUCAACAACAUGCUCCAUAUCAAAGACGCUCCGUAUUUCCAGAAGAGGCUUAGUCCUCCGUCUGAGGAGCACUCUGCUGGAUUCUUCUCUGGAGGAGGAUCUGAUGGUCUCAGCGAUGGAAGUCAACCAGCGAGGCUCCGCUCACAGCUCAGCAUCACAGAGCUGCUGAACCGGGUUGAUCAGAACCAGAUCCUGGCCUCGGAGGAGACCGGUCUGCAGGAUCACAACCAGAACAACUGUCUGUACUGUUCUGGACUGACUGUGAUGGAGUCCAACUCUGAGGACAGGGACACAGAGCCCACAGACGCCCCGCUGUGUCCGGAGAGGCUAGGUCCAGCUUCCUCUCAGCAGCUGGAGGUCCUGGUCCAAACCGAUCCGUCAGGAGGGUCAGGGUGCAGUGACUCUGUGUCUCGGGGGUCAGCGGGGAGCCAACACAGCACGGAGAUGGUUUUAGGUGUGAAGCUGAUCGCAGAGGACGCUCCUGCAGGUCGGGUUCUCCUGAGGAAAGAGGUUCUCCGUCUGAUCAUCAAACUCAGCUCAUCUGUGGGGACAAAGAACCACGAGACCAGCCUGCUGGCGAUAAAGGAGAAGUUUCCGUCUGCAUUUGAUGACGUCUGUCUGUACUCUGAGGUUUCCUUCCUGCUGGCUCGCUGCUCGUUCCGUCUGACAUCACGCCGCUUCAUUCAGGAGCUCUUCCAAGAUGUUCCCUUCACACCGCUGUAUGAGGAGGCAGAGAGCGUCCUGUCAACAUCUCCAAGGAGACCCUCGUCUCCACACUCUGACGCCUGACUCCCCCUGAAUGCACCACGGACUCCCCUGGACUCACCGGCUGGAGACCCCACACCUCCAUCAUCCCUCAGUCUGUGUCUGAAAUCGUACUCAAUGUAUACUGCUUUAGAGCCUCGCACUGGACUGUUCAUAGUAUAUUAAUAAUAGUCAGAGUCUUAUUUACAGACUUUAUUUACAGAGCUUUUAUUUUGAAGGCACACAGAGGGGGAAUUGUUUUGCUGAUCACUGGAAAGUUUGAGCGUCAGGUCUCUUAUAAAUACUGCGGCGCAGUUACCACCAACUCGCAGCAGACGCUCGUUUUUCACUUUAAUUUAAAGGGUAAUUUACCAGGGUUGGUAAUUUUCUCCAGAUCCACUUUUUCAGAUUUUGUUUGAAAUUGUCUUUAGGUCCUGACAGACAUUAAUAACUCAUGUGCUCUGAAAAAGGAACAAAGUAAAUCCUUCUUCUGUAUCAGUUGUAAGCCUGUAAAAACUUGUCUGCCACGAGGUACCAAUCUGAUGAACCAAUCAGACGCCUCCAUGUCUCCCUGCUCGCCCUUGCAUGCACGAGCACUCACUCAAAGCACGAGCUGAGCUCCGCUUCGGGAGCAACGUCGCUCGUUCAUGUAAGCGAGGGGCGUGGCUUUUUUGAAUGCUACUUUCAAAAUCAUGCUAGUUUUCGAAAAUUACCAACUCUACCUUUAACGUGGCUGUUAGCGCCGCUUUUUGUGAGUUAGACGCUUUUUACAAUGAGGCUGAUUUGCAUAUGAAGGGGGCAGUUUUUACCCCAAGUGACUGUUAACGACUGAGCCUCACGGACGGACGCACAGAGACGCUGUUUGCUCUGCAGCGCAGUAAGCGGUGCAUUUAACCCUUUGUGUGUGAUUUUAGUGAAUUACACUGACUCAUUUGCACAGGUUUAGCAGACGCAGCAAAAGCCACACGACCCUUUUGUGAAUCAGCCUCUGAGUUUUUAUAAAGCAUCACACUAUUUGGCUGCAGCGGAGCCGACAGACACUCUACAUUUAAACAAACAUGCACACCAAGUAGAUUGACAAGUAGCAAAAAACAUUUAAAUCUAGAUGUCUCUGUGAAUUUCUCGUGUGACACAUUUCUCUGCAGUGUGUAAUAUGUGCAGGUAGAAGUGCUUUUUAGAAGGAGAGCUUACUUUGAUCGUGGAGAACCCGGUUUUUGGACCGCCCCCCUCCCGCCCGCAGUAACAGUGAAAGUGCUCGUUCCUGCGAUCUAUGCGUUGCUCCCCAUGCUGCCCUCCAUACUGCGUUAUGUAGAGUAAGAUGUAAAGACUAAAGGGUUUGUAAUAAAGUCUAACAUCUGUAAUUUAUUAAUAAUAAUAACUUUUGUUAAUUUAUCUCACAGGGAUCUAACUCACAGGUUCAGGUAUCAGAGUCUUGUUAAUGAUCGGAGGUUUGCACAUGACAGGGCGAUAAAAGUAGAAAAGUCGGACAAUCUUCGCUCUUCUUCUUCUUCAUGAACGUAAUUGAAGCAAUAUUUAAAGGCACGGACUGACAGCAGAGGACUCCGCUCCUCUGACACGAUAGCAAUAAUGAUGUUUUUGUGAUGAAUGUUUGACUUGAAUACUCAAACGUACGUUAGAUAUGAAGUGUUAUUUAUACUGAUCAAUGCUACACACUGCCUGCAUGUACUCACUUUUUAAAAUAUCGUUGAAACUUUAAGGCACAGGAACAGUCCACGGUCGUUAUGAGUUCCAGAUUUGUGAGGAGACGUUCACAAUCACCCGCUCACACAUGUCCAUGGGGUCCGAUCACACAGAGAUUGAAAAGCGCUGGAGCGUAUCUGCGGAGAAAACAGCGGGGAGCGCCUGUGGAGCGGGGCUCCGUGCAUACGGGCGACCAAAUAAAAUAGGUGGGAAAAAAUGGAAUAGAGCAAACCUUUGCUUUGCUCCGAGACGAGGAGGGGAAAUGUCAUGAAAAGCGGAGGUAAAGCCUCCUUUUUUUAAAGAUUUAUUUUUGGGCUUUUUGUGCCUUUACUGAAGAGAUAGGCCGGUGGAUAGAGUCAGAAAUCAGGGAGAGAGAGAGUGGAAUGACAUGAGGGAAAGGAGCCAGAAACUCCAUACAUGGGGCGCACACGCCAACCACCGUGCCACCCGCGCCCCGCCUCCUACUUGAUUUGAUUGGCUGCUUCAACCUAAAGUGGAACUGAAGCGUGCUGCAACUCCACGUCUUGAGCUGAGGUGUCGGAAAAUGUUUUCACUUAAAGCGCACCCAAAAAAACAGCUACAAAAAACGUGACGUGCAGAGAAGAGCGCCCUGCAAGCGUUCUGUACCCGAGGAAAACAAAGGUUCUGCUGGCGACGCUUUUCUAGCGACGCGUCUCCGUGUGACCGGGCCCUUACUUUACGUAUCCACGCUGAGGGGUAAUCAUUCUUAAAUUUGACAGAUUAGAGGUCCACAGGUAAUCCUUAUCCUGCUCAAAUUGGGCUUCAUGGUGCGUUCCAUUUACCUCAGAUGUGAGGUCACACCCGAGUUGACUCCGUUUCCUGUUGGUAUAAAGUUGGAAAAGCAACAUGGCCGCCUUGAAGCAGGAGGACCUUUGUUGUGUUAGCUAACAGCAGAAGAUAACGACACACUGCGUUGAUAGUCUGCACGUUAAAGCAACAUGACAACAUGUCCACUACAGAACCUGAACGAUUCUGUCGGUUUGAUCGAUUGAAUUACACAGAAACGAGACUUAGGAAACGUUUUCAAAUGGAACGCACUUUAACCCUUCAUUCACCGGACGUCUGACACAUCGUACAGACGAGUGUAGCACAAAACGACAGACUGCUCAUUUGGAUCUACUGUUAACGAUUUGUAACACCUUCAUGACUGCAGGAGCGAAAUAAUAAACGCUGAGAAAGGCUCGAGGACUAUGACAGGGAGACAAAGUUAACAAUCCAGCAAAAGAAAAAUUAAUUAAGGGAGCUAAUUAGUUUGCUCUAAAAACAGCUGAUUCAUCAGUUUAAACACAAGCUAAGAUUAAAACAAAAGUCGUGAAUUCAACACAGCAGCAAAAUGAUGCAUUCAUCAGAUGUACUAAUUUUAAUUUUAACAAAACUUUGCACAAAGAACUCAAACAUAUCAAACUGUGAAUCGCUCUUGAGGAUCACGAGGAGACUAAAGGUCUUUCUGGACAAGAAGGCUGAGGUCCUUGUUGAACACUGUGUGCCAUAUUAACUUUAACAAGUCACUUUAUUCAGUCUGAGACCGAACUGUAUCAGAGCACACUCAGAGACAGGGUUAGCAUGGUUAGCACGGUUAGCACAAUUAGCAUUGUUAGCUUGCUUCUCCUUGUCUGUUUUCAUAUUCUUGUAGCGAUGUUUCAUGACCACUCAAACCUCAGUUUGUGCUUUGGACUGAACUUUAUAAUGAAAUGUAACCUUCUUCUGUUUUGAUGACGUAGCUUCUUUGAAUAAAAAUUUGAACUGAAAUAAUGUAAAUGUGCAAUUUAAGGAGAGACCUCCUGCCUUUGGUAUUUAACAUUUCACAACAUGCAACAUGCAACAUGUAGCCUACUCUGUUCUGUAGAGAC